AGUAGUUGAUAGAAUAGAAGGCAAUGUAGCCACUGAGACAUACUUCAUAGCGAGUGACUCCUCCAUUCUUCUCUGCUUUCAAUUUUCUUCCUCUCCGCCAGAAUCUGCACACAAAGCCAUUUCUUUAUUUAUAAAUAGCAUUCCUUCUUUCAUCUAUCUUCUCUUCUAUGUUCCUUCAGUCAUAACAUGCUAUGGCUUGCACUUCCCCUCUGUCCCUCUAUCCUCACCCGCAGGUUGGCCUUCGCAACCAGAGCCUGCAAUCGCUUGCCUUGACCUGCGUCGUUCAAUUUGCGCCGCUUCCCGCUCUAAACUGUCAGAGAAUGCGGUUCCGAAGCAUCGUGCGAUUCCGAACCUUUGUAAUUAAGGUUUCUUCCAGCGUGGAAGGUACUCGUCCGCGCCCAGUCGGUUCUCGCAGAAUCUAUCGGCAGUCUCAGGUCCAUGCACCGCUGUCCAGUGCACCGAUGAAGCAGAUUGCCAACGUUGUUGGCCCCUUCGCCGUGUUGGUCGCCCUCACUUUUGUUAUCUGGAAAUUAGUGGAGAAGCUUCUUGUUCCUGUUCCGAAACCAUUGAAAUCUUCGACUGUGGAAGGUCAACUCCCUUCACAAGGACUCAAAUGGUCUUUUGCUGCUGGGACAAAUUUGAUGUCCCAACUUGGGGCAAAGAUUGAGAGACAAUCUAAACAUAAGCUCAACGAGUUUGCUCGGGAACUGAGGUCAUUUCCUAGUGUUGAUAUGUCAGGGCGCAACUUUGGUGAUGAAGGAUUAUUCUUCCUUUCUGAGAGUUUGGCAUUUAACCAGACUGCAGAGGAAGUGAGUUUUGCUGCAAAUGGAAUAACUGCAGCUGGGUUGAGGGCUUUUGAUGGCGUUCUUCAAUCAAACAUCACAUUGAAGACUCUUGAUCUUUCAGGAAACCUAGUUGGAGAUGAAGGUGCCAAGUGCUUAUGUGACAUAUUGGCGAACAACUCUAGCAUUCAGAAGCUCCAGCUAAACAGUGCUGACUUGGGUGAUGAGGGUGCAAAAGCUAUUGCUGAAAUGUUGAAGAAAAAUUCAAGUUUGAGGGUUCUUGAACUGAACAAUAACAUGAUUGAAUAUUCUGGAUUUUCAAGUUUAGCUGGAGCACUUCUUGAGAAUAACAGCAUACGAAGUAUACAUCUCAAUGGCAAUUAUGGUGGUGCUUUGGGGGCUAAUGCAUUGGCUAAAGCACUUGAGAGCAACAAGUCGUUAAGGGUACUAUUUUUGUUUUCUUUUUAAUGAAAUUUCCAACAU